AUGCAGAGUUCGGGCUCCUGGGGCCUGCGUUGCUUGCGGUGUGAGAGAAGCGGCCAUUGCCAGGUGGAAGAGUGCGCCCCAGGCCAGGACCGCUGCAGGACCACAACCCUGCGCAUAUGGGAAGAGGGGGAUGAGCUGAAGGUGUUGGAGAGAGGCUGUGCCUACCCAGAGAAAAACAACAACAGGACCAUGAGCUAUCGGAGUGGCUUACAGAUCAUCACCCUCACGGAGGCCGUGUGUGGGUCAGACCUGUGCAACCAGCCUGACUCUG